AUGACACAACAAUCGAUAGUGGACCUGGAGCGUGGUCAACGAAUCAUUGAGGACUUUCCACUAGGAUAUCCUCGUUUCUCAGCCCUUGUUGCCUCUCAUAACUCGUUCCACCUCUGUCGCCGAUUUUCUGGCUUACGCGCGCGAUUACUUCUGCUCAAACAGGAUAAACUGUCGCUCUUGGAAAAGCAACUAGAGAAGAUUGACAGGGAUGAAGGGCCUAGCCUAUCGCUGGGAAGUUGUCGUAGGGACACUAACAGCGAAAGGCAUGAGGUUCUUGCAAAGAUACAAGAUGCCUUAGCCGACUAUGAUGAGUAUCUAGAGAGACACCAACGUGCUCUAUACUUUGAAUCUGCCCCACAACGUGCUAUAUCGAACUUAAGAAACUGGAUCAGCGGGACUGGCUGUGUUGCACGUAAUGAAACAGCCUACCUGGAACACGAUGAAGACCUCGUCAGCCUUGCCACGUCAGAGGAUUUUCUAGUGACAUGGCUAGAGGCACAGACAGGGAAUAUUCGCGUUUGCUUGAAUAAGCUCCUUAUCAACAGUGGGCUUAAAAGCCCUCCAGACGCUCAGUCAGGCGUUUCUCGAGACCCAAAAGUGCACAUUUUCUCACCAUCGUCACUGAGGCUGAUGGUGAGAAUAUUUGUAGUACCUUUCAUAACCAUCCUCCUUCUCACACCAGUCAUUACUUUUAGUUUUGUUAACAGCUUGUCGGCUAGGCUAAUUAUCGUCGUUGCCGCUACAAUGAUAUUUGUGGUUGCUUUAUCCAGCCUCACCAGAACGAGGAUAGUCGAGCUAAUUGUAGCUGGCGCGACGUAUACUACAGUUCUUGUAGUCUUCAUUUCGGGUACAGGUGGACCUGUUCAUUAA